AUGCUGUACGACGAUUUCAAGCCCAUUGUAGAUUUGGUACUAAACAACUGGACAGCAUUGCAGCUGGCUGUCGAACAUGGGAUGGGAGCACCUGGUGGCGAAAAAACUGCACAAUUGAUGUCUGUGUACCUAACACGGUACUGUGUUGAGAAUGUUGUGGAUAGAGAUGACCUCACAGAAGUUAUAGAGGACCUCAUGGAUGAGGAAUUUGAAACUGUGUGCCAUGAUGAUUCACCAAAAGAAGUGGCAACCCUAAUGCUGCACUUUCUUAGCCUGCUAAAAGAGGGUCAUCAUGAUGAACUCAGAUCGAGGAUUGAAUCUAUGCCAAAAUGUCAGAAGUGGCUCAGUCAACCGAUUCAUGAUUCAAUCCCACCUCAAUUCCAUGGGAAUCCAGAUGAUGAUUCAACCAGCAGUAGUGAAGAUGAAGAAGGUGCAGAGAAUCUUCAGAAUGACGUUAAUGUUGCUGUACCUACAUCGUCAAAUGGCCACCAACACAUUGAACCCAUGGAUGAAGAUGAAGUGGAACCAGGCUGGAUGGUUGUUCGAACAAGAAGAAGGAAAUAA